AUGGUAUUAUCUCCUGCAAUCGAAAUUUUAGAAGCCUGCCAAAUUCGCCCCGACGUGGACUCAAAAAUCGAGUCUACCCUUCAAGAUUCCAUCGCCCUCUCUUAUUUCGACCUGCAGUACCUCCAGUUCCCUCCGACAGAGCGACUAUUAUUUUAUGAAGUUCGUCCGCCUGUAUUCGCCGAUGCAAUACUCUCGAAUCUCAAACGUUCUCUCUCUCUCACCCUGGGGUACUUCCGUCCGAUUGCCGGAAAAUUGGUAUGGCCGUCCGACUCAAACGAGCCUUUCAUACAAAUCGAUGAAGACGAUUCGAUACCGUUAACAAUUGCCGAAUCCAACGUGGACCUAGACUUCUUCUGCAGCGAUACUCCACGGCGCGCGACGGCGUACCGUCCUCUAAUACCUCAAUUACACAACUCCGAAACGGAGACGGGUCUCAUGGCACUGCAGAUCACGAUCUUCCCAAACCAUGGAUUCUGCAUCGGCGUGACAUACCAUCACGUGGCCCACGACGGGAAAGGUCUAUCGCUCUUCUUGAAAUCCUGGGCCAACAUCUGUAAGAAUAGGUGCACGGAUAGUUUGCCACCGGAGUUGAUCCCAGUCUACGACAGAGCGUUGAUCGACGACCAGUAUAGCAUCAAGGAGCUCCUUUUGAAUAAUGUAAAUGCGUAUAAAAAUACGAACUUAAAAUUACGAGAAAUCGAUUACGAAGGAUAUUUCCGCGGACAAUUUACCUUGACGUCAUCAGCUAUAGACAGGCUCAGGGAGUUGGUCACCCUCCGGCAGGGAUAUCCUUGUAAAAUGUCCACCUUCGUUCUGGCUUGUGCGCAUCUAUGGGUGUGCCUUGUAAAAACACACAAACUUUUCGACAAGAGGGUUUAUUUCGUUUGCGCCGCUGACCUUAGGAGCAGGCUGCAGUUCCCGGUACCGGCCACUUAUUUUGGGAAUUGUGUGUUUCCUUGCAUCGCGAGUGCCGCGGGAAACGAUCUGAUGGGAGAGGACGGUCUGAUACUAGCGGUGGAAGCCAUCAGCGAAUCCUUGAAAGGGUUGGGGGUUGACCCCGUCCCGGGGGAUGUCAAGAAGCUUUCUUUACGACCGGAUCUGUUCCAGGAGAUGAGGGUUUUGUCCCUGGCGGGGUCACCGCAGUUGCGGCUCUACGACACGGACUUUGGGUGGGGGAGACCGAGGAAGGUGAAAGUCGUGUCCAUCUCGAGGAACGGAGAGAUCUCGUUAGCGGAGAGCCAUGGUGGUAGCAGAGGGAUGGAGAUUGGUCUCAUGAUGACGGAGGAAAAGCUUGGAGAGUUUUCUUCUCUGUUUGCCGACGGGAUUAAAUAG